AUUCUGAGCUGUUCGGAAAAAAAAACACAAACAACCACAAGAAAACCACAAAACCAAGAUGGCGGUGCAAGAGACAGCAUCUCAACUGUCCAUGGCUCUCAAAGUCCAAGAAUAUCCCACCCUGAAGGUGCCGUACGAGACUCUGAACAAACGCUUCAGGGCAGCUCAGAAGAACAUCGACCGGGAGACGAGUCACGUGACGAUGGUUGUCGCAGAGCUGGAGAAGACGCUGAGCAGCUUCCCAGUGGUCGACUCCGUGGUGUCACUGCUGGAUGGUGUGGUGGAGAAGCUCAGUGCCCUGAAGAGGAAGGCUGCCGAGUCCAUCCAAGCAGAAGAUGAGAGUGCCAAGCUGUGUAAGCGUCGCAUUGAGCACUUGAAGGAGCACAGCAGCGACCAGCCGGCCUCAGUCAACCUGUGGAAGAAGAAACGCAUGGACCGAAUGAUGGUGGAGCAUCUGCUGCGCUGCGGCUACUACAACACAGCUGUUAAACUGGCCAGACAGAGCGGUAUAGAGGAUCUGGUCAACAUUGAGAUGUUCCUCACAGCUAAGGAGGUGGAGGAGUCUCUGGAGAGGCAGGAGACAGCCACUUGCCUAGCCUGGUGCCAUGACAAUAAGUCCCGCCUCCGCAAGAUGAAGAGCUGUCUGGAGUUCAGUCUGAGAAUCCAGGAGUUCAUUGAACUCAUCAGACAAAACAAACGCAUGGAUGCAGUCAGACAUGCAAGGAAGCACUUCAGCCAAGCGGAGGGUGGACAGCUGGAUGAGGUCCGGCAGGUGAUGGGCAUGCUGGCCUUCCCAUCAGAUACACAUAUCUCCCCAUACAAGGAUCUGUUGGAUCCAGCCCGCUGGAAGAUGCUGAUCCAGCAGUUUCGAUAUGACAAUUACAGACUGCAUCAGCUGGGGAACAACUCUGUCUUCACUAUCACUCUACAGGCUGGUCUGUCUGCCAUCAAGACACCUCAGUGCUACAAGGAGGAUGGUACCUCUAAGAACCCAGACUGCCCAGUGUGCAGUAAAUCCCUUAACAAGUUGGCCCAGCCGCUACCCAUGGCCCACUGCGCCAACUCCAGACUAGUCUGUAAGAUCUCUGGGGAGGUCAUGAAUGAAAACAACCCUCCAAUGAUGCUGCCUAAUGGAUAUGUGUACGGCUACAAUUCCCUUCUGUCCAUCCGCCAAGAUGACAAAGUGGUGUGUCCCAGAACCAAAGAAGUCUUCAACUUCUCUCAGGCUGAGAAAGUCUACAUCAUGUGAUCACUCAGAUAGUCCGUCUGAGUAUCAACAUGAUCGAAUACGGCCGUCAUUCAUCACCUGUGACCCGGCCUACUCGGAGAGCCACCUGUGGAGCUGUGAUCCAGUGCCCUUCUCCCCCACCACAGACACACCCGACAUUUUCCACAACCCCCCUCUCCCAGUACAUGAUCAGAUCAAGUCUGCCAGUUCCCUUCCCCUAUCAUUUUAUCACACAGAAACUGGGAUCCUCUCCUUUCAGACUGGUUUAGAUGUGGCUAGAGAACAAGAAGUUGAUUGAUCUGAUCCAUUCAAGCACAUGGACUAUCAGCAUUGUCAUUAUCGUACAGGCCCUCACUCGGAAGUGUAGAGACUACAGAGAAGGACUGAGGGGGUGAAAAACUGCUAGGUAGUUAUUUGAUUUUAUUACAACGAAUAAAAACUUGUUGAGGUUACUUUGACUUUUCACUAGUGGUGUUCCUUUGUUACUAAAAUAACAUGUGGCAGGACUUUGUUAACUCGCUCCAUUAACAAGAUUAACACGUACAAUUUGGGCCUUUUUCAGAACAAACAUGGCCGGCCUUCUGGUCAUGUGGUAGCAUCUCAUUCUGUGAUGCAUGCUGUCAACAUCCUUUGUCUUCUAGCCAUGUUUUUUGGUGGGUUGUUUGGGGGGGAUAUAUGUUAAAUGCCACCUUUUUAAGCUGCCCACCUUUUUGCAUUUCAUCCCCCCUAUGUUUGUGAAACCGGAGCCUGAUUUGGGCCGCAGCUGGCUCCUUUUCAAAUGUAAAUAUUAGAUAGGAAUUGAUCAUCCUCAUGUAUAAAUUCAGGGGGGGAGUUGGGGACAAGUAACGACAAGGAAGAUUACCCUUCUACGAAGAUUGCUGUGUGACCUGAACAAGUGUUUUCUUGGGUGUUGUAAACCUGAUAUAGCCCACAGUAUCCUCAAGCUGGUCAUCAUUGAGGACGCUGUUAGUUUCACAAACUCGGUCAAUAUUAAUGAUGGUGUAUUUACCACCAUAAUGAAAAUGACGCAAUAUUCAAACAAGACAACCAUCUAUGAUGUGAUUUUUUUUUUUUAAUAUUGAACAAAUUGUCUUCCUUUCUUGUGUGUUAAGUUUGCCGUUUUUGUUUUUGUUCAACCGAUUUCUCUUUUUUACUUCAGGUUAAAGGAAGAGAACAUUUUAGUGACAUUUAUUCUGUUUAAAGAAGAAACCCAUGGUGGUUUUAGUUAACUCAACGUUGCCCAUAUAGUUUUAUUUCAUAACUAUUUUUCCAACAGUGAACAAGAUAAUAAAGAGAAAGACUGUGCUGAUAUUUUCUCAGUCUUGUGCUCUGCGUAUGUCAAAGCAGCACCAACACUCCACAGCGUUAACGUAGCAUAAAGGUACACUAACUGCAUCAACACUACAUGUAGUUACAAACACAUAAAGAGGCAGGAUCUAAAUGUUAAACAAUCCUGCCUUUUCUUGCAAACUCACAAGGGGAGAUUUUGGUCAGCUGAAAACAUCACUCAUCUUUUAUGACUUUGAAAACCUACUGUAGAUGUUGGAUGGACUAGGAAUGUGAUCGAAACAAGAUGCACACAGAUCUGGACUUCAGUGACAACAAAUCCACAAACAUUCACCCCUGAACACCCACACCAAGCAAUCCAAAAAAAAUGCAGUUUUAUGUUAACCAUGAUCAGUCUUGUGGUCGAUCAUUUCUUCCAUUUGUUGUUUAUUGACAAACCAAAAGUUGCCUCAUUUGUGUCCAUACAUGAUUUGGAACUGUAUCUGUAAAGACACAGACUGUCCUGUGUAUUUGUGUUGGUAGAAUUAGAUAAAGGGAUUGUUUCAUGAGCAAUAUGCCUCAUAAAGAUUUCAGUGAACUUUGA